AUGUUCACAGUUGACACCAGUUUUGACAUGCUGCUGCGAUACUCUUGGAAAAAACGUCAUGGACUGGAGUACCUUGUGAUUGACGAUUUUCGCCAAAGAAUGCACGUGGAGAAGAUGAAAGUGAAUUUCUCUAAUCUCUUCAACGAUCCAGCCCAAUUGCUUCCCCACAUCACCUACCGUUUCACGCUCCUCUCGGGCAAGCUCCUGGGCUCCGGCGACACCAUCCUCCCGGCGAUCACUGCAACAUUUGAAGCAGAUGUUAUUACCCGCGAAGGAUCUGCUGUAAUGCUGGCGACUGAUUGA